AGUUAUCACAAUAUCCUGCUGAUCUUCAUGCAAUGUAUUUACCAAACAUUGUUUAGCAGCUGGUAGUUAACAAUCUGCAGUCUUAAACAUCACCAUAACAAAUAUAACUAGAUUCUAUUCGACUGAGGCUGUUACUUAAGAUGGGGGACCGUGAUAUCCCGACCGUACCUGUAACAACUUUAGCUGGUUUAACCAGCACUUCUGAUUUGCUUAGCGAGUUACCAGUGUCAGAUUCGCUUCGGAGUGCAUCGUCCUUAAACAAGUCUCUACUCUUCCACGCUUUGGUGGCUAACGAAUCGAAUAAUUUACUUUCUGUCCGUGAUGAAAAUCUCGUUCGACAAUUGGUUACUGCCAUUGAAAGAACUAACUCUGACAAUAUAGAGUUAAAAUCACAUUACUUAAUGAAAGAACAAGAAGCUCACAUUGAUUCUUGUCCAGAGUUACUUCAGGGAAUUUAUAAUUUUCGACCAGCGGUAUUUAACACUUCAUUAAAGAUAAACUCUCCUGACCAACAUACUAGCAAUUCCUAUCUAUCACCAGAAUGUAAUACAUCCAAGAUGUCAAAUUUAAACGAAGGUCUAUUGCAGAAGCAAUGUCGUCAGACAUGCAUUAACCAGUUUACCAGUAAGACUACAGGAGAAAUUUCAGAAGAAUUUUUACAAUUAAAUAUGAGGGGAAAGUCAACAGAAAACAAUAAUAUAAAAAACAUUAAAAACGCAGAUCGAAAUCAGAAUAAAAUUUUGACACCAAAUCGUCAAGUUAAAAAUUCUAAUCCAUCAGAAAAAACAGCACAGCAGCCCUUAAUACAAGAACAGUAUUUAAGUAACCCACAAGAACUCAAUUUCAAUUCACAAUAUGAUUUUAAUCAAGCAUCAACAGACGUUCGUCAAUGCGUUCAAAGUAUUUCUGAUAUUUUUCCACGAGCCUUAGAGUCGCCAAAUUUUAGUUUAGAAUCUGUAAAUAUUCCAAAUAUUUUGUAUUUACAAAGCCAACCUAUGACUGAAACUGAAACCACUCAAAUACAAAACUCUCCACUAGAAUAUAUUACAAAAAAAGAGCAAAAGGAAGUGCUGGAAUUGCCAGGAAGUACAAAGUCACUUAUAUUUAAAAAAGAUAGUCUUGCAUAUUGUUCUGAGCAUCAACAAAACCAUAUUGCAUCAACAACUACAUCAACAUCUACUUCCUCAAGUGGCAAAUCCCAAGUUCGGGUAUGUAUAAAUCGUCUUAAUAUUAAAGAUACUCGCCUUAUGCAACAAAGUAUUAAAAAGUUUGUACAAAAGUCACCGGCAUUGGCUAGAAGUAUGGGGUUACUACAAGAAUCGUCUCAGCUACAACACGAAAACAUGAGUGCGGUUACGGAGGUAUCAGUAAAAGAGAGUGGUGCCGUCAGUACAACUAAUAAAAUCAACAUUCCAAUUGACACAUUUUCUACUAUAAAAGCAGAUGAAAAACGAUUUUCUGCAAAACGAAAACUUGCCAUAUCAAUUGGUGACAUUCCCCCGGAACAAAUAUUCUCUAAGCCUAAAGUGCGACGGGUUGAAAGAAUAACUCCCAUAUCGAGCACAAAAUGUUUGAAAGAUGAAAUCACUCGGUCGCAAACAUAUCAACAAUUUAUGCGUAAUAUGGAUCAAAUAAUUGAAAAUUUAGACGAUAGUGAAUCUCCCAACUUCGACUCAGAAGACGUCGACGAAAGUAUUGAGUGCAUUUCACCAAAACUUCUUAACACAAUGAGUACUGAUGUUGCCAAGUUAAAAGCUAAGCAUGGUUUAGACUCUAUACCGAAAAAUAAAUUAACCCUUCUUAUAAAUUAUGCAAUGCGAAACGUUUAUUUAGCCAGGAACUAUUUUGCUGGACCGGAGGACGAAGAGGAAAUUGUAGAUGAUGAAGUUAUUGAGAAAAUACUCAACGCCAUGGAUGCCUGCUUGCUUAUAUGUAACAUUUAUUCUACAGUUAGCGACUUAAAAUUUUUGCAAGAGGAUAAUAUAUCACACAUCAUAAAAUUUACACAAUUUCAACUACGUGAAACAAUAUUUCCUCUCAAUGACCCGGUUUACACUGUGAAAAGUAUGAAAAAAACCAAUAACCGUAAAAAAAUUAAGUCACAUCAAGCUCACAACAGAAGUCUUCAACUAUUUUACUCAAAAACUGUAGAGCUUUUAAAGGUGUUUGUAGCACUUUUUGACAAAUGUGUCUUUGUUGAUACAAUAGUUCUACCAUUGUCAACGUUGGCUAUUGAGCCAUUUUUCGUUGACAACAUUGAAACGCUGCAAUUUGUAUGCUUGGAACUCGUAACUACAAUAUUUCGAAAGGACAGAUACGAUAAAAUUAGAAACAGUAUCCUAGGAGACAUUUUGACAUCAAUUGAUCGCUUACCUUCAUCAAAAAAAAAUCUUCGCCCAUAUAAACUUACAAAUAAUGGAGGAAAUAUUCAAAUGGUUACAGCACUUGUUCUACAACUUAUUCAGUGUGCUACAAUUUUACCAGACUCACUUUGUGAUAACGGAAAAUUAAGUAAUAAGUCUCAAGAGAGUGUUGUUAUUGACGAAAAUACUACAGGCGGAGAUAAAAAACCUGUAAAACCAAAUCAGGAUAUAUUGGUUUUACAAAAGUAUGAUGUAGCUGUCAGUAUUGGUGGAAAUUUCUUAACAACUUUUUUAAACAAAUGCAAGUCACGGUCCAAUGAAACUGAUUUUCGACCUCUUUUUGAAAAUUUUAUUCAUGAUCUACUGGCCACCGUUAACAAGCCUGAAUGGCCCGCAUCUGAAUUGUUACUUUCUCUUUUGGGAACAAUGCUGGUCCGAUAUGUGUCUGAUAAAGGUAUAGAACAAAGUAUUCGCUUAGUUUCAUUGGAUUACCUUGGCAUAGUAGCUGCACGAUUGCGCAAGGACACUGUUGAAUCUCGAUGUAAGGUUAACAUAAUUGAUUCAAUGAUAAUGUCCAUAAAAGUAGAACAAGAAAAGGAGGGCGACUUUACAGAGAACAGUGAUCAAUUUGAAUUCCAUCCCGAGGAGCGGAGAACAGAGUUUCUACAAAAAAUACUUCUCGAUUUUCUAGCUGUAAACGCUCAAGAAGAAAAUUUAAUCUGGGACUAUGCUCGUCAUUUUUAUUUGGCACAGUGGUAUCGGGAUGUAAUUUAUCAAAGACGUCAAAUAAAGGAUGGUAAAAAAGGUUUGGCUGUGAGGAAGUCUAAAAGUCGAACUAAGCACAGGACUGAUGGUGAAUAUUUAGAUACUUCAGAUUCUGGAUCGUGUGAAGAAAUUGAUACUGAAGAUAUAAAAAAAAUUGGAAAUCCCUACAUUGACAAUACUGAUUUUGAGCUAAAUAUUGAAGUAUUUAAUGCUUUAGAGGCAAGAAAGCAAUAUUUAAUUAACAAAAUUAAGCCAUUUUCCGUUUCUGGCGAGCAAAACCACUCAUCCAAUCAGCACAUAAAAACAUACAUAGAUUAUAAUAAUGCACAGCUCAUAGCGCAGUACCUAGCUACUAAACGGCCUUUCAGUCAAUCAUUCGAUGGAUGCUUAAAAAAAAUUAUUUUAGUCGUUAAUGAACCCUCAAUAGCAGUACGGACUCGCGCAAUGAAAUGCCUUGCAAACAUUGUGGAAGUUGACCCGUUGGUACUGAAACGGAAAGACAUGCAAAUGGGAGUAAAUCAGAAAUUCCUAGAUACAGCUAUUUCAGUACGAGAAGCUGCGGUCGAUUUGGUGGGAAAGUUUGUUCUCAGCAAUCAAGAAUUAAUCGAUCAGUAUUACGAUAUGCUGUCUACUCGAAUUUUGGACACUGGAGUUUCCGUUCGAAAAAGAGUGAUUAAAAUUUUACGUGAUAUUUGUAUAGAAUAUCCGAAUUUUGCAAAAAUUCCUGAAAUUUGUGUUAAAAUGAUACGACGUGUAAAUGACGAAGACGGCAUACAAAAACUGGUUACUGAAGUUUUUAUGAAAAUGUGGUUCACACCAUGUAUAAAAAAUGACAAACUCGGCAUACAAAGGAAGAUUAAUCAAAUAAUUGACGUGGUAAAUACUGCACAUGAUACUGGAACCACUUGGCUAGAAGGUCUUCUUAUGAGUAUUUUCAAACCAAGAGAUAAUAUGUUAAAGUCUGAUGGAUGCGUACAAGAACCUAUCAAAAAAAAUACGGAGCCCCCACUGGAUAUUGUGAUAGCUUGUCAACAAUUAGCUGACGGAUUAGUUGACAGACUAAUUGAACUAGAGGACACAGAUAAUGCUCGAAUGUUGGGUUGUAUUACUACACUUCAUUUGCUAGCUAAAGUGCGGCCUCAACUGCUGGUUAGGCAUGCCAUGACAAUAGAGCCAUAUCUUAAUAUAAAAUGUCAUUCUGCCACAGCUGCGAAAUUUAUAUGUGCUGUUGCGGAUAUUCUUGAAAAAGUAGUUCCGCUGGUUAACAAUGCAAGUGAAUCUUUUUUGGCAACAUUGGAAGAGCAUUUAAUGUUAUUGGUUGUUUCACGGAACCAAGCCGAAGUCACUAGUUGUGUAUCUUGCCUAGGAACACUUGUGAAUAAGAUCACACAUAACUUCAAACUCAUCCGCGACUGUUUUCAAAAGUUUUAUCGAGUUCUUGAUGUUUCUCGAAAUCGUGUUGUACAAAGAAACUACAGUGUAGAUAAUAUUUACACUCCCAGCUUUCGGAGAAGUCUGUUUACGAUCGGAAUACUAAUGCGCUACUUUGACUUUAAGUCUCCUAUUGCGUUGGGAGAGACAAAUGGUGGACUUCCUCUCUCGAUAUGUGAUGAUGUAUUCGAUUGCUUGAUGUUCUUCUCCACUUGCGCCAACCAAGAAAUUAGAAAGCAAGCACUUAUUUCGCUUGGAUCCUUCUGUGUUUUAAACGAUGACUAUCUUACUAGAUCCGAGCUAAAAAGUUUGUAUUGUGAUAUACUAAGUUCAAUCGCAAACGAUGCCGGUUUUAAAAUAAUCUGCAUGCGUAAUAUUUGGAUUUAUUUAACGGAAUCUGAAAUGUUUAUGCAUAAUAAGGAAAAAGAAUGGGAAAAGCAAUCAAAGCACGAAGAUCUUAAGGAAAUGAACGACGUUUCCUCCGGCAUGGCAAGUCGGAUAAUUCAGCUUUACCUGGAAGAAAUUCUUCAAUGUUUCCUAAAUCGUGACAACACAGUACGUUUAUGGGCUGUUAAAGUAAUACAGAUUGUUCUUCGUCAAGGAUUGGUUCAUCCUGUUCGAAUGGUUCCGUACUUAAUAUGCCUAAGCACUGAUCCAAAGGUAGAGUCCGCCCAUAGAGCCGAUGCCCUAUUAAAAGAUAUCGAUAAAACAUAUUCUGGAUUUGUUAAUAUGAAAGUUCAAUUUGGACUACAUCUUUGCUUUAAGUUACAAAAAGUAUUACAAAUAAGCAACACGGGAAAACUUGAAGUAAUUAGAGGUUUUGCGAGUCGCGGACCGGAUAAUGUAGCAACUGCUUUAAAUGACUUCCUUUAUUCACUACUUCGUACAACUAAGCCACAGAGGCGUGCAUUGGUACAAACGGUUACCAAACAGUUUGAUGAUCAGAAAACAUCAUUACAACAACUGUUGUACAUUGCCGAUAAUCUGGCUUACUUCCCAUAUGUAGUUCAAGAUGAGCCUCUAUAUUUGAUACAUCAAAUAGAUUUACUUAUAUCAAUGGCAGGGACACAUUUACUCGCAUCUUUUAAGGAACAUUUGAAACCAUGUGACAAAGAACGAGAUGUAUUAGAAGAUGAUGAUGAUGUUGAAGACCCACAAGUUUUGUUCAAUCGAUUGCCCGAAGAUAUGACGGAAAUAAAAAAAUGUAUAACAUCUGCCCAAGCAUGUAUGCUGCUUUUAGUACUAAAAGAUCAUUUAAAGGAUAUGUAUGGGAUUACUGAUAGUAAAAUUUCAAGAUAUUCGCCAUCCGAACAAAAAUUAUAUGAAAAAGCAGUGACACGUAGAAGUGUUACUGACUUUAACCCGAAAACAACUAUUGAUGUGAUCAAGAAACAGAUGUCACAACAAAUAUUGAGCGCGGACAUCAACUUUCCAUUUACCAACGAGGAGAAAUUGGACCUUGUUGUAAAGUACCUAGAUUUUAAGCUACUUAUGUUAAAACUGGAUCCAGAAGAUGGAGACUCGGAUGCUGAAGAAUCCCGGAAUAAAUCAAUUUUAAAUCCCUCUUCUACUUCUGAUGGUAUAAGUUACCCCAACUUAACAAAAAAUGCACACCUCGCCAGUGAUGGAUACACUGAUGUGCUCGAUGUACCAAUUUCUCAAAUUGUAAAGACGUCCGUUUCACCUUCAAAGGCAAUUGUCCGGAAACAAAAUCAAGUGCAAAGUAAAAAGAAACGGAGAAAAGUGGAAUCAUCGGAUGAUGAAAACAGUGGGGCGGAGAAUGCAUGAGAUAAAUAUUAUAAAUUGGCUUACUUAAUAUAUGAAGUAUAAAAAAAGUCUAAUCUAAACUCUAAAAAUAUUACAUGUAUUUUAAAAAACAUGUUAAAUAUUUUUACUGCAAGCAUGAACUUAUUGUUUAAGAGAAAAAAUAAAUAUGUUAGUCUGUAAUUACUUCAGUUAAGCUAUUUUCCAUUAUAUUGAGGAAUCCCGGAAACACACUUUCUAUAGACUAUGUUUUUUUAUCAUGCUACGGUAACAAAACAUUUUUUUAUAGAAAAAUAAAUACCUUAUAUUUUGAUUUCAAUUAACACACACUUAACAAAAAUUGAUUUAGAAUAAUACCCGUACUUGUGUAUUUAGCUAAUCAAAUUGUAAUAAAUGUAAACAUUUUAUAAAUAUAUUAUUUGAAAGCGCUGUUGUUACUUAAUCCAAAGUUGCUGAAACUAAA